GCCGGGGUGACCUGAUUGGCUCUGACUGUUUGACGCAGGAGGAAGUGAUUAAGACCAACGCCUGUGUGAAGGCGUUGACCUACUGUGACCUGCAGUACAUCAGCCUCAAAGGCCUCCGUGAAGUGCUCUGUCUGUAUCCCGACUACGCCCAAAAGUUCAUCACCGAGAUUCAACACGAUUUGACGUACAACCUCCGGGAAGGACACAACACGGAGACAGACUGCGAGAGCAACGGAGGAUUCCUGAAGAAGCUUCCCUCCAUCAAGGAGGACGAGGAGGGGUCCGGGUCCGAGGGGGAGCACUCUCCCCUCGCCAAGAUGUCCGCCCUCGGAAGCCUGGGCCGGGGGCUGCGCUCCCCACUGCGCUCCCCUCUGCGCUCCCCUCUGCUGCCACCGAGACCCUUCAGGCCGGCGAGUGAUCGUGCUCGGCCCGCCAGCCUGCAGAUCCCCGUGGUGAGCUUCAGAUGCCUGCAGCCGGACCUCAGCCCUCGGUUUGUGGACGGGUUCGAGACAGACAACCACAGCGCUGCAGCUCCGAAGUUUGAUUUUACUCCCAGUGCAUCUCCGAGUUUCUUACCCAGCCCUGACUCAGCCACCUCAGGGGCCCUGGAUGAUGGGGACACCAUGCAGACUAUUGCUAAGCUAAAACAUGAGAUGAGCGUCCUUUCCCGUCAGGUGACAGCUGUGAGUCAGGAGCUGCAGGAAAUGACGCGUCUCCUCAAGCCUCUCUUCCACAACCCCGCCGUGCUGCUGAUACCCAACACUGUGACUCCGCCUCCCAGCAUGUCUUCGCACAGCUGCUCCCCGGCCCCGCCCCUUCUCAUCCGAAACACACCUGUGGAAGGUUCAGGCGAACGGAACCGUCCGGCCGACCCGGUACCCGAGCCGCCCUCUCCUCAGCUCAGCAUGAAGGCCUCACGAGGAGAGUUCCAUCCCCUUCAGUGUUCCCCUCCCCAACAUCCUCCUCCACUUCCUCAUCACACCAACACGCCUCGCCACCUCUCCCAUCGCUCCGCUCCCCCAUCACUCAACAGCUCUCCCCAUGAGCACACAGCUGUGCCACAUCUUCACUCAUCCUCCUCCAUCCCCUCUCUUUUCUCAUCAAGCCAGCCGUCAUCCAUCAACCCCCUCUUGGUUCACUCAUCCGGACGUGGUAGCGAGCCACAGUCACAUCUCCUGUCGCAGUCUGAGUCCCAGCUCCAGUUCCAUCCUCAGUCCCAAUUCAUAUCCCAGUCUUCCCUCUCCCAGCCUCACCUCCAGCCCCUUCUCCAGCCCUCACACCCCCGAGAUCCAAUCCCGAACCUGCACGAGAUGGAGUGGGGGGAGAGCACGGCCCAGCUCAGCUUCGUCGACGAAGGACAGCCGUCAGCGUGAGCUGAGAAGAACGAGGCACUGACACUUGCACGGGACUGGACGGGGACCAGCAUGCACCACACGACUUACUGCAUGACAAACACUUGCCUAAAGUUUGGCAUGUGAGUAGGAUGUAAAUACAUUGGUUUUAAAGGAUUCUAAACUAUGAUCAUGUGCACCAGGUGUAAGCAGAUCCGAUAAUAAAAGAGUUGGUUUUACAGUUUCUCUUUUAUUAGUUUGAUACUUCGCCGUAAACCGAGAAGAAUUUAUGUGAAAAUCUGUGAGCGUGAAAACACUAUUUACACACUGCCAGACACAAACAGCUGAUGAUUCAAGUCUGAACUACAUCCAGUCUUAUUGAACCAAUCAGGAACCAGAGGAGGAAAAACAGGAAAAAAAGGACAGUUCAUUUUCUGAAAGACAGAUAGACGGAUAGUGAGGCAGAUGACGCCCCUGUCCACUGGCUUCCUCCUGUAGUUGUGCUGCUCAUGGAAGACCCACCAACCCUCCAGGACCCUGCAGGACUGAAGUGCUCUCAGAGGGGCAGACAUCAGUGUCUGGAUCUGCAGCGGCCUGAGUGAGGACGAUAAAGAAGACGACCAGGGGAGAAGAAUGAGAUUUGAGAUCUGGAGACUUGAUGACUUUGUGGAAAAACAGAUAUUGGGGAGAGGAAAGGGGGAUUUGGUGGAGGAGUGGCAGAAGAGUACAGGGUCGAUGACACAACAACGAAUGUGAAACACCAGAGGGAAACGUUGGAAAACCCAUAUUCUCUCAGGCUGGAGUCCCUCGUUUUCACCAAUGGAUGGAGUUUAUUCCCCAGCAAGUACAGCGACGUCCUGAGAACUCCACACACUGUGC